CUUUAAGGUUGUCCUUUGAUCAAAGACCCGCCAGAUGAUGACAAAUGUGAAUUUGAGGUAAUCAAGCUGAGCCCGUUAGGCUCUCGACUCAACAGCUGCAGAGAGACAUCCAAAUAAACAGUUUGGAGCGAAUCAUGAACGAUUCCAAUUACACAGAAGAAACCAGUUUCUGUAUUACAAACAGAAGUGUUUUUGAUUAUGUCAAAGGCACGUGUUUCCUUGUUUUUGGUGGAUUGGGGAUUCUUGGAAACAUCUUCAUUAUCAUACUCGCUKCCAARUAYACAUCAAGAAAGAAUCUCCAUUACCUGAUUAUCAACAUGGCUGUUUCUGAUAUUCUCAUUGCAAUGUUAUAUAUUCCCGAAUUUACCACAAUUUCUGUCCCAAGCAAGGUUCCAGAAAUAGUCUCAAAUGUUCUCUGUAAAUCAGUCAACUUCUUCAGAAACACAGCAGAGCUGCUCACCUUGAUAACAUUAUUGAUUAUCAGUAUCGAACGUUACCGAGCUACGAAACUCGCCAUYGGUACAAAAUCCUGGUCAAAGCUGAAGCUAAUCUGUAUUGGUUGGUUGGUGUCAAUGUUGCUGUCUUUCUUKAAYCUUAUAUUUGUUUACGCUGCUAAGAUUAACCCGCUURUGUGCUCUCGCKAUAAGGRAACAAAUGCUUUUAAUGCGUUGUACAUUCURAAAUCUAUUUGUUUAGUUUUGAUGUAUUUGUCUGUGUUUGUCAUCAGUGUAGUMACMUCUGUCAGACUUUCCAAGUCGAAUUCCAUCCAAUCCCAYCUUACUGAUGAACAGAGAAGGCGUCGAGCRAAGCGUAUGAUUAGUGCUGUUAGAAUGGUACUGUGUUCGCUGUUAUUGUACUCAGUSUGUUAUCUUCCUGAGUUUAUUGAWGAUAUCAUUAAGAGCGUGGAUCCAACUUUUGCAGAUGGAUUAAGCGAAAAMUGCSAGGAGCUGCUAGAAUUUCUUCUGRCCAUUSCCAUAGUAAUAAAUUCGAGUAUUAGUCCAUUGAUCUAUUUGGUAUUUCUGGAAGAYUUUAGAAGAGCGGCAAAGAACUUGAUAUGGACUCAACAUACUCCACCAAACGAUUCAACUUAGGAAGGCUGUACCAGUACUAACCGUGUCAUUAAAGUUUCUGUCAAAAUGGAAACAAUCAAUCUUCAUUUAAAAAUGAAAAAAAAUGAAAAAAAUAUAAAAAACAAUGCGGACCUUUACAGUACAACUACAGCUGGUGUCUAAAAGACAACAACUUGAACUGUAGUUUAAAAUGAAGAAUUUCGAGAAAUUGUAAUUCGCACAUAUUGACGACUUUCAUAAUAGCUGAUGAUAAUCUGCAUAUUAUAGUUAAAUUCAUAAUGCUGACAAAAGAAAACACUCAAAUGAUAGAUAUCAAAGGAAGAUAAGUUCUGAAAGUGUCACAGAAAAGUAUUAAAUUCUCUUGAGGUUAGAAGAGGCACAAAAACAGCAAAACGAGGUCACCAAGGCCCAAGUCAUUUUCAUCCUCGUAUUUUCAAUCCUCCGUAACUUCGAUUAGUCCUUAGCCUAAAAACUUUCUGAAAAAAAAUAUUUCUAAUACUUCUUCUAUGUGACAGUGUUGAAUGUUUCCAUAAUGUAAUCAAUUGUAAAAAGUCAAUGGCUGGCACUUAUGAAAGUUGUCUAAAGUAAACGUUGUAAUGUUUGUAUAGUCAAGAAAAGUAUACGAGUGCUGUGRUUGUAAUAGACGCCGAACCCACUCUGCUCAUUUCCCCAGGUUUKCACUUUACAACGGYGUGCUAUUAAACACCGCAUUCCUUACAGCGCUUUUACAGUGACAAAAGUCGUAUAUUUUUCUGAAUUUAAAAGUAUUUACAAUCGCCAUGUAAAUAGGUUUCUUUCCAAACUUAAAUUUUCGCGCACUGAUUGGCUGAUAAGGUURUGACAAUAAGAGGACGUGCACACUGUACACAUCACGUCUCUCSCGUGCUCAAUACAACUCAAAACCUUGAGCAAUUUGUUGAAUAUUUGUUCGAUUACUAAAUUAAAAAAUUUCCUAGUUUGCCCUUCUGUAAAUCUUGUGAGAACUUAUCAAUGUGGUCUAUCUUACAGUUUAUAGAGGUGAAAAUAAAUUGUA